CCGAUCUGGUCUCCCUAGUUCGGGGUCGAUAGUCUAUCGACUGAUCUCGUCCAACGAAUCAUGCUCCUCUGAGGCAAUUGCUUUGUCCCUGGGUCCACAGUGAUCUUUCGCCUUAUGCGAGAUGGAGUACACUCCUGAUUUCUCGGCCUAUUUAAGGCGUGAAGCCCCAAUGUACUUCCUGAGUGCUUCUCGCCCAUUUUUGCUUUCUUCGUUUCCAUCUUGACAAAGGAGUGGUUCUUUGUUAAAAGGAUGACUAUCAUCCAGCGCACAAUCCCCAAGGCGAUCAAGGUUGCUGGAGUGGCUGGCUUUGCAGGCCUGGGCAUAUAUUGCACGAAGCAAUUCUCAACAGCGUUUGCGGAAUCGAACGAGCCAAAACCAGUCUUCUCUGGGCUGGGUUUCACCACUUUGCGCUUGCAGAGCACCAAAACCGUCAAUCACAAUACGAAGCGACUAGUCUUCGAAUACCCUAACGAAUCCGCCCGCAGCGGCCUGACAUUGACUUCCGCGCUCCUAGCCAUCACCCAUCCGGAAGGGAGCUGGCUUCCUACGAUUCGACCAUAUACUCCUAUAAGUGACUUGGAUGAACCAGGACGUAUAGAACUUAUGGUCAAGAAAUACCCGGACGGGAAGGCUAGUGGCUACUUGCACUCCUUGAAACCAGGAGACUCACUUAGGUUUGCGACUUCACUGAAAGGCUAUCAAUGGAAGCAGAAUGAGUUCUCCCACGCCUACCUCUUGGCUGGCGGGGCUGGAAUCACGCCUAUCUAUCAGCUUAUCAAAGGCAUCCUGAAGAAUCCCCAGGACAGAACGAAACUGACUUUGGUCUUUGGGGUCAACUCCGAGGAAGAUCUACUGUUGAAGGAGGAACUUGAUCGUUAUGCCACAGAGUUUCCUGACCGUUUCAACUACAUAUACACUGUUAGCCGUCCGAAAGAGGAGAACUCCCCUUACAGAACAGGGUACAUCGACGAGGAGCUUCUAAGGAGCACAUUCAAAGAGUCGACGCAAAAUACGAAGGUCUUCAUUUGCGGUCCUCCAGCGAUGGAAGAUUCUCUGGUUGGAACAAGAAGAUCGCCUGAAGGAAUCUUGAGCCGAUUGGGCUUCUCGAAGGAUCAGAGUCUUGUAUAUAGAUAUGCCUCUGACCUGAAGUCGCAGACUACAGUGCCAGGAACCGCAAAAAUGAGCGGACAGACCAAAUCGUUAUAUCCGGAGCCUAAUGUAUUGACCUCUUCUCUGAAGGUGGGAGCCGUGACUGGAUCUGCUGGCCUCAUAUACGGGGGAAUAUCAGGAGUUAUCCGGUCUCCCCACCCCGUCAUUCAUUCUAUCUCUUGCGGAAUCCACUGGUUUGCAUGUGGAGCCUCCUUUUGGUGGUUGAGAAGCAACAUUCUAAAGCUUCACUAUGAAGACAAGGCGACCCCUAAGCAACGGGCUUAUGUCAGCGCCCUCUCCGGAGGAGUUGCCGGAGGGGCUGUUACGAGGCUAAUGGGCGGGCGACUUGUCCCUGGGCUAGUUGUUUUCUCGUUACUAGGCUAUGUUGGGCAAAGCUCUUAUAAUGCGAUCGACACCUGGCAAAUGGAGAACGCGAAUACGACGUCUAAGCCGUUCCUGCAGCGGAUGGCCGACUCCAAAUGGAUCCCGCUCAAGUCACUCUCGGAUGACGAUUACAGGGGUAUCUUGAACGAGAAAGUGUUGAGUAUCGAGGCUGAGAUCGCACUUAUUGACGACAAGAUCGGGGAGCUUGAAAAGCUCAAGACUAGUGGUCUCGAAUCGGGAAAUUCGGAUCCUGCAGCUAAGUAGUCGGUUUCUAGACGGCCACUAGCAACUUGGCUAUGGGUGAGAAAGAGAAAAGUUACGGCCAUUCUCGAAUGGUUGGGGGCCGAUCUUACAUGUCCGAUCUAAGUAUGUUAAGGAGAGGACUGUGUGAUCGGGGGGUGGACGUAGAUCGUUCACUUUUCCGCUAGGAUGGAAACCCCGGCAGCAUUGUGUGUUGCACUUGCACCCAGCUUUGCAAUGAUGUUGUGCUGCUCACUCAGGAGGUUUUGAGGUUGCGACUUUAGCCUUCGACCAACAACACGAUGGUCGGAUCUGCUGUACCUUUUAGUUGGCUACGGAUGCCGGUGCCACCGCUUCCAUGAAGCCUCCAGAAGGAGUUUUACCUUUUGUCAUGUAUCAUAUUGUUCCCAAACCCAUGUAUUUUAAUUUGAAACAAGACCCUGUAUGAUCAUGAAGCAGACCCUAACU